AUGUCGCACUGCCACGACGAACACGAAGGCCACGGCCACGCUCAUGGUCACUCACACGGCGCCCACGAUCACUCCGACGACAUCACACCAGCCCUUCAAAACAGCCUCUACCAACAAAUCGACUUUGACGCCAUCAACACCCUCAACGAACUCAGCUCAGGCUCCGGCAGCAAAAUCUGCAAAAAGACAUGGGAUGAGCGACUCAGCACCACACCCGAACUCUGCAGUGACGCAGACGAGCAACUGUUGAUGCAUAUUCCCUUUACUGCCCAAAUACGCCUUCACUCCAUAAUCAUCCGCACAUCAACAUCCCCCUCCGCCCCUCUAACCCUGCAUCUCUUUCCCAACCGCGACGAUCUAGACUUUUCCCUCGCCGCGGAAAUCACACCCACCCAAACCCUCUCUCUAUCCCAAACAAACCAAAUCCAAGAAAUCCCCAUCAAGCGCGCUUUGUUCAACACAGUACGCUCAUUGGAUCUCUUUUUCGAGGAUAAUUGGAGCAGAGGAGAAGAGGAUACGACGAGGAUUACUUAUUUGGGAUUCAAGGGGGAGUGGAUGGCGUUGAAUAGGGAGCCGAUUAAUUUUGUCUACGAGGCUGCUGCUAAUCCUAGUGAUCAUAAGAUUGUGGAGGGGGUUAGGGGUGGGGUGGGGAGUCGAUUGGGG